ACCAUGAGUAAUCAACAAGUCCCCUAUAGUUUCCAGUGAGAAUUGGGGGAUUAGCAGGGUCGCGACGUUCAUUUCUAGGUAGCGCUUCCGCUGAAGUAGGAUUCUUCAAGAUGUCAGCAUCCGUUCUAAUCCUAAUGACCAUACUUUUAUCUCGCAUUACGAAUAUUUCCUUAGGAAUUUCAUCCUAAGACAUCCAUACUAGCAGUCUUAGCGGUACGGAGACCAUUGGACCCCUAGCUACCAUAAGUGUUUAUUCACAGUCGACAUCCACCAGCAUCAGAAUAGUAACAAGGCGUUUCCAAUUGCCCCUAUCUCCACUGAAGUCAGCGCGGGAAACCGUCACUCACGCCUAGCCCCGCCUCGCUUCAGGAGGGUUCAGUGCGCCACGGACGACUAUGAUCCCCGAAACUUGGUGCGAUGUGUGCUGUAAUUUCAGCCUAGACAUCGCUAGAGAAGCAGAAUUAACGCCUGGUUUCAAGAAUCGGUAUCAAAACAGCGGGUAUUAUGCCGGUCGAUUCGAGACGGGGUAUCAAAUCGACUGCCAAUGCCAAUUCAUAAAGGAGUCCAGAUCCUCAGGUUGCGAAUACUGCAGAUUUCUUAGCGAAGUUAUUGAUACGUUCAUUCCGAACCAGACUAUCGAUGGUGAUUCGAUGCUGCUGUGUCUGCGAGAAGAUAGUACAUUUAUACAUUUUCUCCCCACGAAUCCUAACACUAUCAAUGGACGGAUCAAUUUUCAAGGAGUCGUUUACAUAUAUCGACCAACUGAUUCGAUAUCGAAGCAGUCCGGCUCUGCCUAUGCACAUAUCCCAGUUUUACCAGAUAUCAAGCCUCCAAGUUCAGAAGAAUCAUUCACCUACCUAAAAGCUUGUCUGAAAACCUGCAUUGAGACUCAUGAUUCUUGCCAGCAGGAUCUCUUGUCGCCACCAAAGCGUUUGCUUCAACUUGGGACUCGCGGAAAUGGCUCAGUUCGACUUUACGAAACGCCUAAUGAUUUUCGGGAACCAUAUGUGGCUCUAAGUUACUGCUGGGGCAAAAGCAGCGUCCUAAAAACCGAAAGCUCAAACAUUCAGUCGCUGAUGCGGGGCUUCGAUCUUAAGCAAUUGCCAGCAGCCGUGCAAGAUGCAGCUUAUGUAACUCAGAAGCUUGGGCUGAAAUACCUUUGGGUUGAUGCGCUAUGCAUCAUACAAGAUAGCAAGCUGGACUGGGAAGAUCAAUCAGCUAAAAUGUGCUCGAUAUAUGAGAAAGCACAUCUAACCAUUAUCGCAUCUUCAUCUGACGCAGCGAAUGUUUCCUUCCUCGACCAUAGUGCGCGGCCCGAGACGUUCCAUUACCAUGUCCCCGGCAAACAAGACAUACUUUUGGGAGCUAGAAGGGAGUGUAAGAGUGGUCAUCAUUUCGAUUCAUCUAUGGGGAUAGGGAAUCGUGUGGCGCCGGAUCCUACAAUAGUGAGGGGUUGGACGCUACAAGAAGCGAUAUUGCCAACUAGAGCCAUAUCGUAUUCGACAGAUGAGCUUCAGUGGCAUUGCCGAUCGACCCGAUCUUGUGAAUGCCAAAGCAGGACAAAUGACCAACAGGUAGCAAGCUUUCUCAUCGGACGAAGCCAACUAGAGACACUCGAACAAUGGGAUAAGCUUGUGCGCAUUUACACGCAACGACAACUCACAUACCUGGAAGACAAAUUCCCUGCGAUAUCUGGAAUAAGUCAACUUAUUCAUGAACAGACUGGAUGGCAGUACCUAGCUGGGCUAUGGAAAGAGCAUUUCAUUUCUCAGCUCCUAUGGACGCGACACAGUUUCCACCCUUUUUUCGAAGAUGCGGAUACGUCAAUGCCGCCUAAAUUUAGGGCUCCGAGCUUUUCGUGGGCGUCCCUAGAAUGUCCGAUCAUUACCUUUACAACUAAUCCCGAUGUUGUAGAACAGGCCGCUACUUUGCACGAAGAUGCGAAACUUGUAGAUUCGAACAUUUUGUUAUCAGGUGUUGAUCCAUUCGGCCGGGUAGAACUUGGAUCGUCUAUAACAAUGGAGGGGAGAAUGAUGCAAGACGUAGAAUUGCACGGUCCAAUGGAUGAUGAAUACGCGAAUUACUCUGUUCUGCUCGGUGGUAGAGAUUUGACCUUUGAGGCAGAUAUCCAGCUUGAAACCUUCUGUUUUACAGCUGCUAACGGCCUCCCACAGCGGACCGCUAGAAGGUCAGCUAAACCUGCUAAUGAAGGGUUUAUAAAAUUGGAGGGUAGAACAAUGGUGUCUGUGUUCUUGUUAGCACACUCCCAGGAUGCGGACGGUUUAGGCACGCAAUUCUUUCUUUUCCUUAGUGCUUCCCCUUUGAAUAGUAAUCAUAACCGAUACGAACGACUUGGGGUAUUGAUGAUGGGAAUCAAUUCGCAAGAAGGAUACAAUCUGUUGGAUUUCAGUGGUUUACCAGUUCAAAGGUUCACCAUUUUUUAGCGGUUCAUCUGAGCUGAGAAAUGGGAUUAUCUAAUCCGUACGAGAUAAUUACCUUUUAAAUACAUAAGAUGCUUGCCUAAGGCUUACUAAUAUUACUAAUAUUCCCCCAUUACUCCAUAUAUAGAAAUAUCAGAGUCUUAAGCACGAUACAACAAUACUGUCUCUGACUUACCU